ACAAUCUUUGAAAAUGGAAAUUAGUGUUAAAUAUUUGCCGUUCGCUAUUGUAGCUUUAUUAAGUGUUACUCUUUGUGUCACGUCAUACUUGACAAUUAGUCAAGGCCAUGUAAGCGGUAGUGCUCCAUACAUAAGCGAUACAGGAACGUUACCUCCAGAGAGCUGUAUUUUUGGGCAAGCCCUGAACUUAUUAUGGGUUAUGAUUUCUUAUGCAAUGUAUAUUAAAUUUCGCCAAAUUUCAUACCUGCUAAAUACAUACAACAUGGAACAAUACGCAACAAUGAACAAGAGUACAUUUAUCAUUGGUUUACUAGCAGCUUUUGGCAGUAGCAUCGUUGCAAAUUUUCAAGAAACCAACAUGUUCUUUAUACACUGGGUUGGAGCUGUAAUGGUCUUUGGAUGUGGAUCUGUAUAUCAGUGCAUGCAGAGUAGUGGAUUAGCUGUUCAGCUUCUUAGGAAGCAUUCGGCCGAAGAAUCGCAAAUGUUCAAUUGCCUUGCGCAGAGAAAGAGGAAGUAA